AUGAAAGAAGACAAUAGUCAAGAAGACUAUGAAAUUGAUGUUAAUACAAAUGAUGAUCAAUCAUCAAUAACAACAAGAAAAUUUUCAACAAUACCUUUUUCAAAUUUUUAUGCUAGAAAACGAACACCAUCAACUUGUUCAUCAAAUCAAUUGAAAUUAACAGAACAAUUAGCAAAUACCUCAAUUAAUAAUAUUGAUGAUUCUUUAUUUGAAUUUGAUAUAAUUGAUAUACCAGUUCAUAAACCUCGUCUUGAACGUGCACAAGUCUAUUCAAAUAUUCGUGUGUCACAUGUUGAUGAACAUCUAUCAUUUGUUUAUAUUAUGCUUCAUGAAGACUGGUUAGCUGCAACAAGAAUGUUAAAUGAUACAUUUCAACAAACAAUUUUAGAUAAACAACCAACUAUUGAUAUUUUAACAUUAAAAACUGAUGGAUACUAUAUGUGUAGAAGUCAAUCAUCAUGGUUUCGAUGUCGUUUAUUAACUAAAAUUAAUUUAAUAACAGAUGACAAUAAUCUUGUUACAGUUCAUUUAAUUGAUUGGGGAAUGGAACGACAAAUUCCUGUUUCUGAUAUUCGUCAAAUGCCACAAUCUUUGAGUCGUCAACCAAUUUGUUGUGUUCAAUGUCGUUUAUCUGGUAUUUCAAAUGGAUCUUUAGCUAAUGUGACAACAUUAGCAUCAUGUCAUCAAUUACUAAAUUAUCAUGAUUAUGAAAUGCGUAUUCUUGGAAGUGAUUUAAUUAUUCUUCAUCAUAAUAAUGAAAAUAUAAAUGAUCAAAUUAUUAAUUUACUUAAUCAAAAUAAUAAUAUGAGAAAAGAAGAAUAUUUAGAAGAUGAAUUUCGUCAUCAAACAAUAUUAAAUAUAGGUGAUGAAUAUUGGUCAGUAUUAGCAUCAUAUCGUGGUGAUGAUAAUCAAAAUAAUGAUUUUUAUAUUCUUAUGUGUGAUAAAACAACAAAUGAUGUUGAUAAAGCAUUAGCAUCUAUUGAUUAUCAUCAAUAUAAUGUUAAAGAACCACGUUCAAUUCAUCCACUUUGUGUUAAACCAAGAAUGAUGGUUAUAGCUCCAUGGAAAAAUGAAAAAGGUGAAAAUGAAGAAACAAUUGGAUAUUAUCGAGCAUGGAUUAGAUCAAUUCAAGGUGAAAUAUGUCGAAUUGUAUUUGUUGAUUAUGGAAAUGAAUGUGAUAUUGAACGAUCAAAAUUAUUAGCUUGUCCAUCAUCAGUAUCAUGUUUACCAUGGCUUGCAAUACGUGUCCGUUUUCAACAAUAUCUUUCUCAUGAUGAAUUUAAACGUUUUUGGUAUCGAACUGAUUCACAUUGGAUUAAAAUAAAAGUUCUUAGAAUUCAUAAUACACAUUAUACAAUACAAGUUUUUAUUGAUUAUACAUCUGUUAUUUUACCUGAAGAUAGAAGAAUGAAAUUACAUGUAAAGGAUAAAUUAAGUAAAACAAUUUUUCAAGAUUUAAAUCAAUUAAAUGAUGAUUUCAAAAUUGAAGAACCAAAAUUAAUACGAGAAGAUGUAUCUUCAUUAAUGUUAUAUGAAAUUCGAAAAAAAUUAAAUCAACUUUCAGAAAAAUUUGAUGAAAAUCAAAAGAAAAAUGAUGAACGUUAUAAUCAAUUAACUGAACAUUUUCAACAUCAACAAAAGUAA